AUGGCGGAAGGCGGCCUGCAGAGGCAACUCGAAGAGCUUGAUCGUGAUUUCGAAGAGGGAGAGCUUACUGAGAAGGGGUAUUAUAAAAGACGAACCAUGAUUCUGUCACAAUAUGGCGGCUCAAGCAUUGAUCGUAGCGAUGAUGCUGCGAGUCAGACUGGUGAACGGCCAAGCGGCGCGAAUCGGCAGAGCUUUGGCAGCAUAUUGGCUGGGCCCUACGCCAGAUCCAACGACGAGGAUCAUGCCUACGAUGAGGGCGACAGCCAGGCGGGCGGCUACGCAUUCGCCCAAAAUACUGGCAUCCGGGUACAGCCUCCAACACCAGGAUACGACAUGGGACCACCGAGCCAGGUGCAGCGCUUUCAAGAACAGCAACUGGGCAUGAGGCCGCAACCGCCAGCGCAGAGACAGUUCUCGCACGGGGUUGGAUCCGUAUCACCAGGUAGUAGACCGCAGAGUCAAGGCAGCAUGUACAGCUCGGCUGGUACGAUGUUGAAUUCAGACUAUGCAUUCAACCCGGACAAUGGAGCGCCGAGCGAACAACAAGGCUGGAGCUCGCCAGAUGGUAACAGCAGGCUGAGCACCAUGGUCGACUCGCAAGGCUACUUCUCCGACUUCACCGGACAGCAGCUGAUGGACGACCAGCCGCGAGAGAGCUAUGGAGGGCCGCAAAGAUACUCGCAGGGCGAAGCCUUCUCGCCGACUGCCGCCAUACCGCCUCCUCUCAGCCAACUGCCUACGGCAGCCAUCCAUCAGAUGCCGCUUGAACCCAGAGAUGUACCCUUCGCCGUCUAUGACCCUCAUAACGGCAAUAUACCAAUGUCGAAGUUCGACAACAUCGGUGCUGUUCUCCGUCAUCGUGGCAAGAUGCAAGCUCGACAGCCGGCUUACUGGGUGCUUGAUCCAAGAGGAAAGGAGAUCAGCUCUAUUACCUGGGAGAAGCUGACUUCGCGAGCGGAAAAGGUCGCCCAGCUUAUCCGGGACAAGUCGAACCUUUACCGUGGCGAUCGGGUUGCGCUUGUGUAUCGCGACACCGAGGUCAUUGACUUCGCAAUCUCCCUGCUUGGCUGCUUCAUAGCUGGGGUUGUAGCUGUGCCGAUCAACAACGUUGACGACUAUCAAAAGCUGAGCUUGCUUCUGACGACCACCCAAGCACAUUUGGCGCUUACAACGGACAACAACCUGAAGAUCUUUCACCGCGACAUCUCUGCGCAGCGCUUAAAGUGGCCACCUGGCGUAGAGUGGUGGAAGACGAAUGAAUUCGGAUCGUAUCACCCCAAGAAGAAAGACGAGUCAAAUCCACUGCAGGUGCCUGACCUGGCGUACAUCGAGUUUUCGCGUGCGCCUACUGGCGACCUUAGAGGGGUUGUCCUUUCGCACCGUACCAUCAUGCAUCAAAUGGCGUGCUUGUCAGCAAUGAUCGCUACCAUACCCAAAGGCGAGGAUACAGACACCUUCUCUGCGCAGCUCCGGGCCUCAGAUGGAACUUUCGUCGCCCCACGGCAAGGCAAAGGAGAGAUCAUCCUCUCGUAUCUUGACCCUCGGGAAGGCUGUGGUCUGAUCCUGGGAGUGCUACUUGGCGUCUACGGCGGACACACCACAGUCUGGCUUGAGAGCAAGACGGUAGAUACGCCAGGCAUGUAUGCCAAUCUCAUCACUAAGUACCGUGCAACGGUCAUGGUGGCAGAUUAUCCUGGACUAAAGCGAGCGGCGUACAACUACCAGCAGGAUCCAAUGGCAACGCGCAACUUCACGAAGAAGAUGGAGCCCAACUUCAGCUGUGUGAAGCUCUGCUUGAUUGACUGUCUUACGGUAGAUUGUGAGUUCCACGAAAUCUUGGCAGACCGUUGGCUGAAACCGAUGCGCAACCCGCGUGCAAGGGAGCUGGUAGCACCCAUGCUGUGCUUGCCUGAGCAUGGCGGCAUGAUAAUAUCUGUCCGUGACUGGCUAGGCGGCGAAGAGCGCAUGGGCUGUCCCCUCACGUUGGAAGAAGAAGAGGCGGAUAGCGACGAAGAGCUUAAUAGUCCUACUGCGGCAAAUGGCUACACAAGCCUCAUCGAUGGUGCCAAUAGUGAGAAGAAGAAGAUUCGAAGGCGCAACCGAACGGAGUUGAGCGAGGUGCUCAUUGACAAAGAAAGCUUGAAGACCAACGAAGUGGUUGUGCUGGCGAAGGGCGACGAUGUGCGUAAGCGCGCAAACGAGCCUGGGACGGUGAGGGCAGGCGCAUUCGGCUAUCCGCUUCCAGACGCAACCCUUGCCUUGGUUGACCCUGAAACCAACCUUCUGUGCGCACCGUUUACUGUUGGCGAAAUAUGGGUCGACUCACCGUCGCUGUCUGGCGGCUUCUGGGCGCUGCCGAAGCACACAGAGACCAUCUUCCAUGCAAGACCGUACCGCUUCGUGGAAGGCAGUCCAACACCGGUCUUGGUGGAGCCUGAGUUUCUGCGGACAGGUUUGCUUGGCUGUAUCAUCGAAGGCAAGAUAUACGUUUUGGGCCUGUACGAGGAUCGCAUACGGCAGCGCGUGGAGUGGGUCGAACACGGCGCCCAUGAGAUCGAGCACUGGUACUUCUUCGUACAGCACCUCGUCAUCAGUGUCAUGAAGACGGUACCGAAGAUCUACGACUGCUCUGCGUUUGACGCUCACGUUAAUGGCGAGUACUUACCAAUCAUACUCAUUGAGACACAGGCAGCGAGUACAGCACCUACCACUACCGGCGGCCCACCGAGACAGCUCGACAUACCGUUUCUGGAUUCUCUCAGUGAGCGUGUCAUGGAGGUGCUGUACCAUGAGCACCACUUGCGAGUUUACUGUGUAAUGAUGACAGCGCCGAACACCCUACCCCGUGUUAUCAAGAACGGCCGGCGAGAUAUUGGCAACAUGCUGUGCAGAAAAGAGUUUGAUAACGGCAACCUUCCGUGUGUGCAUGUCAAGUUCGGCGUGGAACGAGCAGUGCAGAACCUGCCAUUGGGUGAUGACCCUGCAGGAGGCAUUUGGUCCGUAAUCGCAAGUCAAGCCCGGCAAAACAUGUUAGUCAUGCACGCAGACAAGCAAUACUCGGGUGUCGAUCAUCGCGAGGUUGUCAUUGAUGACCGCACGAGCACGCCACUGAACCAGUUCAGCAACAUCCACGAUCUCAUGCAAUGGCGAGUGUCACGGCAGUCCGAAGAGCUCAGCUACUGCACUAUUGACGGCAGAGGUCGAGAAGGCAAGGGCGUCAACUGGAAGAAGUUCGAUCAGAAGGUGGCAGCAGUGGCAGUGUACCUCAAGAAUAAGGUCAGGGUUCAACCCGGGGACCACUUGCUGCUCAUGUAUACGCAUUCCGAAGACUUUGUCUACGCCGUCCACGCGACAAUCUGCCUUGGCGCAAUCGUAGUCCCUAUGGCACCGAUCGACUCCAACCGGCUGGGCGAGGAUGCGCCGGCAUUGCUCCAUAUGAUGGCUGAUUUUCGCAUCAAGGCAGUGCUUGUCAAUGCUGAUGUUGACACGCUUUUGCGGCAGAAGAACGUGAGCCAGCACAUCAAGCAGUCGGCACUCAUCUUGAAGGUCAACAUACCUCCAACUUACAACACGACGAAGCCGCCUAAGCAGUCGCACGGGUGUAGAGAGCUCGGCUUAAUCAUUCGGCCUGCUUGGAUACAACCAGGUUACCCGGUACUCAUAUGGACUUAUUGGACACCGGACCAGAGACGUAUUGCUGUACAGCUCGGACACAGUACCAUUAUGGCCUUGUGUAAAGUGCAGAAGGAGACGUGUCAAAUGACCUCUACCAGGCCUGUGCUCGGCUGUGUCCGAAGCACGAUGGGUCUUGGCUUCUUGCAUACGUGCAUGAUGGGCAUCUUCCUUGCCGCGCCCACGUACCUUGUGUCUCCAGUUGACUUCGCUGGUAACCCUAACAUACUCUUCCAAACACUGUCGCGAUAUAAGAUCAAGGAUACAUAUGCGACUGCACAGAUGCUCGAUCACGCUAUUGCGCACAAUGCAGGCCGGGCAACGCCUCUGCAUGAGCUCAAGAACUUAAUGAUAUCCACAGAGCAGCGACCGAAAGCUGACGUCUACCAGCGAGUAAGGCAGGCCUUUGCGCAACCGGGCUUGGACCGAACAGCCAUCAACACAGUGUAUAGCCACGUCCUCAACCCAAUGGUGGCAAGCCGAAGUUACAUGUGCAUCGAGCCAAUCGAGCUAUACCUUGACUCCCAGGCGCUGCGGCGAGGCUUGAUAGUUCCUGUCGAUCCCGACCAGGAGCCCUUCAGUCUUAUGAUACAGGAUUCGGGCAUGGUACCUGUCAGUACCCAGAUCAGCAUCGUGAACCCGGAAACGAAUCGACUGUGUCUGGUGGGCGAGUACGGUGAGAUAUGGGUACAGUCCGAAGCGAACGCCUACUCUUUCUAUGGAUCCAAAGAUCCGUUCGAUGCGGAGCGGUUCAACGGAAGGACUAUUGACGGCGACCCUGAUGUACACUACGUUAGGACUGGUGAUCUCGGCUUUUUACACAAUGUUAACAGGCCAAUUGGUCCUGGUGGCAAUAUGGUGGAAAUGCAGGUCUUGUUCGUCCUUGGUAGCGUUGGCGAGACAUUUGAGGUGAAUGGGUUACAGCACUUCCCAAUGGAUGUGGAAGCGAGCGUUGAGCGCUGUCACCGUGCAGUCGUCAAUAGUGGCUGCGCCGUCUUCCAAGCUGGCUCGCUACUGGUUCUUAUCGCAGAAGUGCGGACAAGAGCAUAUCUUGCCUCGAUCGUACCAGUCAUUGUUAACGCAGUGCUCAACGAGCAUCAGCUCGUGCUCGACAUUGUAGCAUUUGUGGCACAGGGUGACUUCCCACGAUCACGGCUCGGUGAGAAGCAGCGUGGUAAGAUUUUGGCAAGCUGGGUUAGCCGGAAGAUGCGAACGAUCGCACAAUUCAGCAUUCGGGACCCGGAUGCAGAGGGCAGCGUGGGCACCGUAGUAGCGGAGGAUGGAGGCAGAAGAGCCAGCGCACAGAGUGGGUACACCGGAGCCGGUAGCUUACGGCGGGUCACGAUGACUGGCGGCAGCUCGUUACGGCACGUCGAAAGCGUCACGCAAAUGCCAGUUGCCGAAGAGGAGCCGCUGCAUGGUGUGGGCGUACCAUUGGCGCCCAUACAGACGCAAGAGGAGGGAUGGAUCCCCGCACGAGGUGAUGACACGCCAACCAACGAAACACCACGCCCUUUGCAACUGAACACCACUCUCGACUACUCGCCAGUGGAGCAGAUGAGCUUCGACUCACCCGAACAACUUCCUCCACGAACGCAGACGGCCCGUAACGAAUAUGACAUGCAGUCAACGUAUCAUCCGAGUGAGUCGUACGACUACUACUCACAGUACGAAAGCCAUCCGCAGAGAGUCGAGUCCAUGGUACCCACGAUAGACUACCGGACAGGUUCUCCCACGCCAGCUCCGCAAUCCACGCAUGGCCUGCGAGUAGCUAACAGAACAAGCGUGGGCAGUGAAGAAUGGCCGCAAGAGGCGUUGCGGCAUAUGAAACUCCAUCAGUAG